CCGCCACUUACGGAUUGGCAAACUGAACUUAUACUUUAUGCAAGGCUUGCAACGAGUCUGUGCACGAUGUCGACUGAAGAAGAAAACACCGUCGAUGGACAAAUUUUGUCAAUGUCUUCGUCCACACUAAUGCCCAACAGGGUUUCACAGGCAGAUUUAAUGGCCCAAAUGUAUCCCAGCGUCCACAAAGCAGUUAAAGAGGCGGCCGAGAAAUGUUUGCAGCAUCCCGCGAUUCGGAGUCGCGUCACCAGCUCGAUUUGGGAAAUUGAUAAUUUCAAUCCGCCUCAGCUAUUUUCGGCUGACCAGUCAAAAUGCGUCAUCCUCACUGUCACUGUUUUGAAUGGAACAAAUAUCACCAAUGGGAAACUGCAUGACAUAGUUGACACACCUGAUCCUUACGUCACAUUGAGAUUGACGGGAACUCCUAAUCGCUACAAAAAAACAAAAUGCAUUUCUGAUUCGAAAUUUCCUGUUUGGAAUAAGCAAUUCAAGUUCUUGCUUCCGGAGGACACAAGCGACCGCGAGUUUUGUCUGUUGGUUGGAUUGUCGGAAUAUGACGACCUGAUUGACGACAAAAUUGGAACGUACAAAGUUGAUUUAAAUCAUCUUGAUCUGGUGUAUGGAGAGGAACAGUUUUUAAGAGCAAAUUUUGAAAACGGUUCUGUGGUCAAUUUGUCAAUCCGCAAGGAUCUGGACUCAUCUGGGCCAGACUUGCGUUACAAUUUGGCUUUGUGCGACGACGAAAAACAGUUUCUUCAACAAAGAAGGGAGCGCGUGUACAUGGCAAUGCGCAAACUGCUUGGUGACGAAAAUGGGCCGAUGACCUCUAAAGAGGUUCCCGUAAUAGGGUUGUUGGGUUCUGGAGGUGGAUUCAGAGCAAUGGUUGGUUUAAGUGGAGUUUUUUCUGCCCUGCACGACUUGGGGAUUUUAGAUUGCGUUGCCUAUGCCGCUGGCCUUUCUGGCUCUACUUGGUACCUCUCGUUCCUAUACUCGCAUCCUGACUUCCCUGAAAAAGCACCAAGCAGUUUCAAAGAGGAACUGAGAGAGGUAGUCAACCAAAGGUGGCUUUGGAUUCUGACAAAAGGGGCUGUUGGUUACCUUUGGCAAUUGCGAGAAAAGGCCAAAUCAGGACAACCAGUGUCUCUCACUGAUUUGUUUGGACACAUUAUUGGGGACACAAUUUUAAAAGACAGGAAAUAUUUACUGCUCUCAAGCCAAAAAGAAGUUCUUGCUGAUGGAAAAGUACCUAUGCCGCUUUACACGUGCCUCAACGUGUUGAAUAACGUUCAGGCAAACGUUUACCAGGACUGGGUGGAGUUCAGUCCUUACGAGAUAGGAAUUCCAAAGUACGGCACUUUUAUGAAAACGCAGGACUUUGGAAAUAAGUUCUACGUAGGAAAAAUUAUACGGCGUUUUCCUGAGGUGCCGCUCCACUUCCUUCAGGGAGUCUGGGGUAGUGGUUUUUGCAUUUUGAUCAAGCGAUUUUUCACCUCUUGGGGUGACCUGGAAAAGACGGUGUCCACGUUCGAUUCCGGGAGAAAAGAUUGCGAAAUAGAGAUAGAUGGCUUUGUCAACGAGUCUGAGCUGUUUGCUGAUGAUAGUGACAGUGAGUACAGUACCGAUUCAGACGAGACUGACGAGGUUUUUGAUGACGACGAAGAAGGCAUCCAGCUGGACACGGCGCGCGUGGUAAACAAAGAAAAGAAAAGGAAGGGUAGUUUUUUUGGGUUUUUCAAGAGAAUAUUGAAAUCCCUGCUCGCGGACAGCAAACUGCUGGAUAGACGCAAAUCUCGCGCCGGCCUAGUUUUCAACCCUCUGAGGGGUUUGAAGCCGCAGGCCACUAUUCCAGUUUCCCCCGUCUCACCACCAACUCCACAAGAUACGAGAGACUUUAAGGGAUUUUACUAUCACACUGAAUACUCGGCCAAAAAGAUGCUGAUGGUGGACGCAGGACUGAAUUUCAACAUCCCCUUUCCAGCGCUUCUAAGACCGCAACGUGGUGUUGAAUUGUACUUGAGUUUUGAUUUCACUCAUCGCGAUAAGGAUGAUGCGCCUCCAUUUGAGGAGCUCAAGUGUUCCGAACAAUGGGCCAAACUAAACCAGCUGCCCUUUCCGCCGAUAAUGCAUCUGGCAGAAUUUUACGAAAAAGAGGAGAUGCGUGAAUUUUACGUUUUUGAAGACCUACAGGACCCCAACUGCCCCACAAUCCUGCACUUUGUCUUGUGCAACAAGCAGUUCAGACAUUUCAAAGCACCAGAUGUGCCUAGGGAAAAUAAAAGCGAGGACAAGUACGCCGACUUUUCAAUUUUUGAAGAUCCGUCUGAUCCAUACUCAACAACAAACUUCCACUAUACCUCUGAGCAGUUCAAUCGACUGCACGAUCUGAUGGAAUUCAACGUGCGCCUCGCAUCGGAAGAGAUUAAAAUGCAAAUUAAAGCCGCGAUUGAUAGAAAGAAAAAAUUGCAAUCGCAAACGUCAUCAACUGAAGAGUUUAGCGCUGGCGGGUCGAUUGGGCGAGAGCGCGAGGAAGAAGAAAUUCCUAGCGUUUUCAAACUAGAUCCAAUCAAAAAAAUUUUGCCUGGUGUAAAGGGAACUAAACUCCCUUCCAAAAAGAAUAAUGAAACUGCAGAAAAGUAGUUCAUUACUAAUUUAAAUUUCCCAUUCAAAUUGUUUAAUAUAAUUUAAAUUUUAAGGAACUGUGUAAGCAAUAAAAUGUUUAUUUUGUAUCUGA